AUGUGCAGUUCUAAAAUACGAGUCAACUAAAUCACUAGUAGUAAUCUUGUAUGCAUUUUUUACAGGCAAGAGCUGUGCAUGACUUUGCUGAACAAAUUGGUAAAAAGCUGGCUAAAGCAGAGGAACUUGGUGCUGAAGGUAAUGUUGAAGAUUCAAUGGCCCUAAUGAAAGAGGUAGAUGAAUUAAAAAUACAGAAGAGGCAAGCUGAGGAAAUUUAUAGGAGCAAACUACCUCCAACCUCAAUUCAGCAACAGAAGCUUCGUGUGUGUGAAGUGUGUGCUGCUUACCUAAGUCUUUAUGAUAAUGAUAGAAGGCUGGCAGAUCACUUUGGUGGUAAGCUCCACAUGGGAUUCAUUAAAAUUCGUGAUAGGCUGAAGGAGCUCCAGGAGGAAGUUGCCAAGAAAAGAGAAGCUAAAGAAAAAGAAAGAAUACAAAGACGGGAAGAACGUGAAAAAGAGCGACGCGAACGCGAACGCAAAUAUAAAGAGGGCGGAGAUCGUGAUCGCAGAGACCGUGAUCGUAAUCGGGGUCGUGAUCGUGAACGUAGUCGAGAAAGAAGAAGAAACGGAGAAAGACAUAGAGAUCGAGACAGGGAAAGGUGAGUCGCAAAGCACUGCCACGGGUAGCUUUUGCCAGGAAGAUUUGCCGAAACAGGGAGAACGUGCUGUGACGUGUCCCUUUACAUGAUAUGUUUUAGAGGCUUACAGCCUGUUAUUACGGUGCACUUAGUCCCUGCUGGGUAUCGCCUAUUGUUGUAAAUAGCCAAUGAAUUCUUUUAAUGUCCUUUUAUACGGCUAGUGUUACCUCAAUUAAGCUGAGACUAGCUCGCAUCCCAAAAAUUUCUUUCCCAUAGUUAAUAUAUAACGAAUCCGCUCUAUUCAACGAUCACCUCUAUAAGCAGACUCCCACACUAGAAUUUUCUGAUUUCAAGCCAAGAAAGGCUUGGAUUUAGCUUUUGUUUUUCCGGACAAAAGUCACAUUCGCCACAUGCAAGCAAGUAUACAGUCCUUUGACUAAACGUUGUCGUUUGAUC